UAGGGGUUUGCUGGUCAGGUGGAACCUCAGCUGCGACGCACGGAGCCUCGGCGUCGUCAGCUGCAUCAGUGACUCAGAGGCAACAGCACCAGCAGCAGCCGCCGCCGCCUCGAAGGCUCCCAUCGUCGGCGGCAUCGGAUAGCAGCGACGGUAACGGUGGCGGCACUGGUAGUGGGAAAAAGAUGAAGGGCUUGUUUAAGUCCAAACCCAAGACCCCGGCUGACCUCGUUCGUCAGACUCGGGAUCUUCUCAUCUAUGUCGAUCGCGGCCCCGAUGCCACGCGCGAGACCAAGCGCGAAGAAAAGAUGACGGAAUUAAGCAAGCUUGUCAGAGAAUUGAAGUCAAUUCUUUAUGGAAAUAGUGAAGCUGAGCCUGUAACAGAAGCUUGUGCGCAACUGACCCAGGAGUUCUUCAGAGAGAACACACUACGCCUCUUAAUCAUCUGUCUGCCAAAGUUAAAUUUGGAGACCCGUAAGGAUGUUACUCAAGUUGUUGCAAAUCUGCAGAGGCAGCAGGUCCAGUCACGAUUGAUUGCCUGUGAUUACUUGGAAGCAAACAUAGAUUUGAUGGAUAUUUUGAUAGGCGGUUAUGAGAAUCCAGAUAUGGCUUUACACUAUGGUGCUAUGCUUAGAGAAUGUAUACGCCAUCAGACUGUUGCAAGGUAUGUCUUGGAAUCGGAGCAUAUGAAGAAAUUUUUUGAUUAUAUUCAACUUCCAAAUUUCGAUAUUGCUGCUGAUGCUGCUGCAACUUUCAAGGAACUCUUGACAAGGCACAAAUCAACUGUAGCUGAAUUCCUUUCAAAGAAUUACGACUGGUUUUUUGCUGAAUAUAACUCAAAGCUGCUUGAAUCUCCAAACUACAUUACCAGAAGGCAAGCUGUCAAGUUGCUGGGGGAUAUGCUGCUUGACCGCUCAAAUUCAGCUGUCAUGACUCGAUAUGUUAGCUCAAGAGACAACUUGAGGAUUCUAAUGAAUCUUCUUAGAGAAUCCAGCAAGAGCAUUCAGAUUGAAGCAUUUCAUGUUUUUAAGUUAUUCGCUGCCAAUCAACAUAAGCCCCCAGAUAUCGUUGGCAUCCUUGUGGCAAAUAGAAGCAAACUUCUGCGCCUCUUUGCUGAUUUCAAGUUGGAUAAAGAGGAUGAACAGUUUGAGGCUGACAAAGCCCAAGUUGUCAGAGAAAUUGCUGCGCUAGAGCCGAAAGAGGGCCCAUGAAUGCGGCUUUGUGUAGUUCCAUUAGUUGACAUGGCCAUGUUAUUGUAAUAUCUGUCGGGAGUUAUUUUCUUCCCUCCAUUUUAUUUGCAACGAUAGUUUCUAGUGACAGAAUAUCUGGAAACAUGGACCCCCUUUUCGUAAAGCUUUUCAUUUCUUUUUCUUCUUCUUUAGUUUGCUGGAGGUUUUAAUAUUCCGGAUACAAAGCUGGAAGACGAUACAUUCAGCAAGAGAGAGAGAUGUGAAUAUGAAUGUGAAUGGUGCAUGAUAUAUGACAGCGAGGAAUGUACAUGGCUGGUAUUAUUAAUAAGAAUGUAAACCUUCAAAGCAUUUUGCAGACUUGUUGGUAUCUUGAGCAUUGUAGAGGAAAAACCUGUGUGCUGCAGCAAAUGAAUAUGGUGAAGAAGCUGUAGUGUUCUGUUCUGAA